UCUACAUCAUCAGUACGCUCCAAAUUCUUUUCAUAUGCACGCCGAAAACUGGACUAAAUUUUCAUGAAAAUUUUUGUAUAUAAAUUUUUUGAAUUUUUUUUUUUCCAAAAACUUUGUAAAUUCUAUUUGCCCUUUCGUUUAAUAUCAGUAAUAAAAUCAUUGUUAGUUCACGAUGGCAAACCGACUAACAGAGCAGCUGGUGGAGGCGAAGGCCAAGGUUUCGGACUACCGCAAGGCCGUAAGGUUGAAUGCCUGGGGCGGCGACCUGGUGGACAUUUCCAUCUGCCUUAGGAUGCCGCUCUUGGAGGUUCUGGCACUCAGCUUGAACAAGAUCAAUACGCUGAGCGGUCUGGUGAACUGCACCCGACUAAAGGAGCUGUAUUUGCGCAAGAACGAUAUACCGAGCUUCGAUGAGCUGAACUACCUGGCCAAUGCCAAAAACCUCACAUCACUCUGGCUGGAGAGCAAUCCGUGCUCCGACGCCGCUGGCGACGACUAUCGGGCCUGUGUGCUGCGCAAGCUGCCGAAUCUGAAGAAGCUGGACAACGUGGACGUCGACGACCUGGAGUUGCAGGCCGCCCUGCGGCACGAGUACUACCCGCAGCUAAAGAGUGCGAUCGUUUCUCCGGUGACGGAGCCGUUCCUGAAGCCCGGCUGCAGUCCCAAGGUCCAGGCCUGUUUCAGUCAGAUGGAAAAGGAGCGGGAGCGCGAGCGGAAUCGGGAUCGGGUGCGCAGGGAGCAGGAGCGCAGACGUGAGCCCCAGCAGCGCGAGCCGCCACAGGGGCAGAGCUGUCAAAACUAUGAUGAACUGCAGCUGCCCAGGCCGAACCGAUUUGCUGGCGGGGAUGCCCGCGAUAUUGAAGAAACGGUUCGAGUUAAGAGUCCAACGCCCAAGGAGAAAAGGAAUAUCACGGGUGACCAUAUGCGUAGGCGCAUGCCGUCCGCUGCACAUCACAUGCAGCAGGAUCAGCGCGUUCAGGAGGCACAGCCGGCGCAGCAGGAUCAGCACGUUCAGGAGGAGGAACAGCCGGCUCAGCAGACUCAGAAGGCUCAACAGGUUCACCACGUUAACCAGUUUCACCAGCUUCAGCAGCUUCAGCAGGUUCUGCAGUUUCGUCAGAAUGAUCGGGCGCAGCAGACAAUGCACACUGAGCAGAUUCAGCAUCUUCAUCAGAAUCCUCCGAGUCCCAGGCUCACCGACGCUGCCGCUGCUGCCAUGUUGAUAGCCCAAAACCGUCUGGAGAUGAUUAAUAGCCGACGAUACGAUUCCCGAUGUUUGCUGCCCAAUGAUUCCUCUCAGGCACCGAUAUCCAACGCCUAUUAUACUGCGAACUACGGUAGUGUGGAGCGACGACGUUAUCAACAUGGCAAUCUGCUUUCGGCCACAUUGUGCCUCAUCCGCGAAAUGGACACAUGCCAACUGGAGGUCCUCAUCCACGCCAUUCACGAACAGGUGUCCAAUCACCCAAUGAACUACUAGAUCGCACACCUUUGGUAAAUUGGUAGAUUUAUUUUCAAAAUUUUAGUUCAAAAAUCGCAUUAAAAAUGUACUUCUGUUUUGUAAGGAAAGCUGAAAUCCCUCAUGGAUACAUUUUUCUGAAACACCUUGCAUAUUUUGUACAUUUAAGUAAUAAAAUGUGGUAAAGCCACGUGAUUCCUUUCGUUCCUUCC